ACUUGCUCUCCUCGCAGAAACCCACCUACCUCCAACCCCCCUCAUCUACCACCCCGCCGCGAUGAUGUCCCAGACUCUCAGAGCGUCGCGCUCUCUCUUCACCCGCGUCUCUCGGCAACAGGUUUCUGUUUCUCGCCGCACUUUCCUGACCUCGGCUGUCCGUCAGGCCGACCCUGUCCAGGAGCUCUACCUCCGCGAACUCCGUGCCUACAAGCCCACCCCCGUCAAGCCCGGUGACGCCGACGCUCAUGUCCAGAAGUUCGCUCCUCCCGCCGCUCCCCAGUCCCCCGAGGAGGCCAACCUCGCCAAUGAGCUGAAGUCCUACGAGAGCCAGGAGGUCGAGGUUGAGGGCCAGGCCGCCGCCGGUGAGGCCGCUCCCGUUGAGGAGAGCUGGUUCGAGGAGGAACCGGAGGAGGAGGCCCACGCUGCUCACUAGGUAUCUGUUGUUUCACCGACAACGAUAGAGGAGAGUCGGGGCUUAUAGACAAUGGGAUGGACUUAACAUGAUAUCCUCCGCUGGUCAAGUCCUGGAGUAACUUCUGUAAAUUAAACCUACUUUGAGCACAUGAAUUUUCUUUUUUUCCCUCAA